UUAUAGUUUUUCUCAAUCAGGACUGAAUUGGGGCUUAACAACAAUCAAAAGGAAACCCCAUUCAGCUUUGCUUUGAGUUCAUAUUGCCGCCACUCGUUUUUCGUCAGUGUGAUAUUGCACGUUGCUAUGACAGCCAGCGUUUAGCCGCAAUCGUUCGUUGCCAUGACGAUACAACAGCAUCGUCGGUGUGUUGUUGCAUUAAGAAAGAGGGAAAAAGCAAUCACCAACUAGAUAUAGAUGGAGGACAGAGCGCUUAUUCCUCUGCCUCAUGAUUUGACUAGCGGAUUGGAUUCACUGUCUUUGGAGAAGGCCUACGGAGAAAAGAGAUCAAAAUACAUCAACAAAUUGUGCUAUUCUUGUCAGAUAAUAAACAUAACUAUAUGUGUGUACGCCAUAUAUUUUAUUAAUGCCAUGGACGCCAUCAAGAAAGCUGUAAUUUCAAAAGAAUUAUGUAAAGAUGCAAGUUUCAAAAUACCUAACAAAAAAAUACCUGGUGUUCGUAUUGGUAUGAUUGGCUGUGGCGUUAUUGGACAACAAAUCGUCCGAUGUCUAUUAUAUCAGAAUAAUAUAAAGCCUCAUAAUUUGCUCAUUUCAACAAGAACUCCAGAACAGCUUGAUGAAUUUACGAUAGAAGGAAUUUCCUGCACUGAUGAUAAUUUCGAAGUGUGUAGAUUUGCAGAGGUUUUGUUACUUGCCAUCCCGCCAUCACAACUUACCUUGCUGUCAAAAGAAAUUAGGGACCACUUAUCAAGAAAAUGCAUUGUCUACAGCAUUUUAGCAGGUCAGGACCUCCAGAAGCUGGCUACAAUGCUUAGAACUGACAAUGUUUACAACUUGGAUGUUUAUAUUAGUGAAGAGACCACAGCCAGCAUAAAGUGGGAACAAAUGAAGAUUCCGGAUAUUCUAAGUGACGAGGAUCUACUAAAAAUGUUUCUGCCAUUCAGGGGCUCAGAUUCAAUAAUAGAAGAUGUUAAUAGGCUGCCAGCAAUUAUUACAUGUGCUGCAAUAAAUCUAUCCUGUGCAAUAUCUGCUCAAAAACCUGAGGAAAUGUUGUCAUUGGUCCAGUUAGUAAUUUUUAGUGCACUACCAUUGGAUGAGGAUGAAAGGUUUUGGAUUGAAGAUUUUGGCAGAAAUCUAAGCUCAAGUUAUAUUGUCAGCAUCUUUAAAACGCAAAAUAAUGUAGCUACCCUGCUUAGGAAAGUGAAGAAAAGCAGUAAUCUUCAAAUGGGAUUCGUUAAGGCAUUUAUGCAAUAUUGUUAUGUACCUACUUGUAAAAAGGGAGCUGAGUGGCAUGACAUCAAGAGAAGUUUGACGAUUGAAGAGAAGUUUUCACAGAGAAAUAGUUUAGUCAAUGGAAUCAAUCUCAGGAUAUUAUUGGUGCUUAUUAUAUUGACUCAUAUCUUAUUACCAGUACUGCAUUGUCAUGGCCAAGACAUAAUUCACAAUGGCUCGACCCAUCUAGUUUUCUGUAGACCAAUGUUUCUGCUAAGCCGUGUAUUUGUGCAUGCACACACAUAUUUUACAACUAAUGCACACAAGAAACAAUAAACGCAAAACAAAAUGAGCACACAAGAUUUUCAAGAUGAAAUCGAAUUUUUUAUAAUUGAAGAUGGUUACUUGCAUGGAUGCUCUCUUACUUUGCAAAGAAAGACAACAUUUGUACAGAAGCAAAUUUUUCAUACGCCCACAGCAAACUCUUUGCAAUUUAGCCCCAGGUCGACAUUUAUUGAAUAGAUCCAUGGUUAAUAAUAUUCUAGUCAUGUUCAUCCUAUCUUUCUUUGAAAAUAUAUUGGACUAUGGUAUCCAAAUUGUUUAUUUCUUUUCCAAUGGGUUAUCAAAGAUACUCCCACUUAUCUUUUCUGUGUGUUUUGGUGCUGGAACCAUUGUUGUGGAGACUGGAGACAUUGAGGGAUAUCCUGUUUAAAUUGAGACAAAGAGCUGUGUCUAUAUAUGUACACAAUGUCAGCUUUAUGGCAUCAAACACAUUGGAAAUAAAGGUAGUUGGCAACAUUCUGGAGGUUGUUCUAUAUUCUUAAAACCAUUAUUAUUUAUUAAUUACUGCAUACCCUCUCCAAUCCCUAGACCACUCUCCAUCACACCUUUGCAUCUUCUCUCUCUCUCUCGCUUCUUUCACUCCCUCCACUCUCUUCCUGCUUGAAGCAGCCUUGUUAACUUUUUAACGCAAGACAUUUUUUUGUCUGUUCCUCAAUAAUCCCCCACUUCGUUUUUUGAGGGCUUUUGUCUUUCAAGUUACCUGGUGACUUCCCUGCUGCUGACACCACACAUAAACUAUAAAGUGGUUUGACAUUAGGAAGGACAUCCAGCUAUAAGAAACCAUGCCAAAACAGACAGCAGGGCUUGGUGCAAUCUUUUGACUUGUCAUUUCUUGUUGAACUGUCCAACCCAUACCAGCAUAGAAAACAGAUGACAAAUGUUGAUGGUGAUGAUGAUGAUGAUGAUGAGGAGGAGGAGGAGGAGGAGGAGAAGGAGGAGGAGGGGGGAUUUUAUUGUUACUACUGAAAUCACUCUUUUAUUCAAUGUAAAACUCAAUUCACUUUUAUAUAUUGUUUUCUUUUGUAUCUCACCUUCGUACUGUAUCCAAUAUCUCAGGCCUUUAUUGCAAAUAAAAGAAACCAUUACUUACUAUUAUCA